UGUGGUGUGUGUGUUGAGCUGGUCAAGUGGACUGGGGUUAGCCGUGGAGGCUGCUCUGUUUGAGCGAACGAAAGUGUGUUCCAAUGAAAACUGAAAUACUUAUAGAAUCAGUUGCAUAGUACUGGCAAUAAGAAAAUAACGAUACAGAGGAAUGUUCUGGAAUUACAAGAGCAAAGCAAGCUGUACAAAGAUUUUAAAACAAAUAGAAGUUCAACGCAAUAUCUAGAACUAAUACGAAAGGAAUUCCAUAAUUUUAUUCGCUGCCUGACCUCCGCGCCCCCGAUUUCUACAAACUUCCCCCAUUCACGCCCACGUGUGUGGCUCCCUACUAAGAAUUGCUUGCAGAGCAUUGUGUUGUGCUCUUAUGGUCAGCAUUUGCGCCACGUCAUGUUGUGAUGUGUGUGUGGCGGUCGCUGUCCGGAGUGCUGUAUUUUUAAACGUCUGAGCCUCAUCGGCUGCGUUGUUGUUGUUGUUGUCAGUCAUUGUAGUCCAGCUCAACUAACGGAAGCCCAGGAAGCGUGCAGCCUCAAUGGGGUCGGUCCACAGCGAUAAAGGCGUUAGCUGUGUCGGGGUUUCCGGGCCUACGAAGAGGUGCUUCGAGUCGUGGGGUGUCUCUCCGCAUGCCGGACAGUCAUUUGGCACAUCUGCAUCUAAUUUGCUCAGAAAAACACUUGGAUUCAAUAUGGCGUAGGUCCCUCGCCUUUUUGUGACAACAUGAAGAUGCACACCACAAUUUGGAGGAGAAGCUCCGCCAAAAACUUGACAAAGUUAUGUACGCAAAUUGAUGAGCUUCAAAGGGAACUAGCCGUUGUUGAUGAACAAGAACAGUACCUAUUUAACGCUUUUUCUGUGGCUAUUAAUGAUUCGUACGAAAAGGAGAAAAUUCAUUCCAACAUGAUUAAAGUUUUUGGCAUACUUGGAACGUUAUUGGGCUCAUUUAUAACAUUUGUUCUCUCAGUUGUUGGACUAUUAUACAACCAAAAAAAAUUAUAUACACUCCGUAAAGAUGUCGAAAGCUCAAUAACCGAGCAAGUGAUCCAAAAAUUAGACAAAGUGGCAAAAGAUCUAAAGGAACAUCAUCAAAGAACUUAUCUUAAGGAAAUACAGCAUUUAUCAGAAAAGCCCGCUGAAUCAUGGGCGUCAUAUGUGAAUCGUCACACGCGCUGGAUUUAUUCUUGGGCCAUUCCAAAGAAGUCCUAACACUUUUGUUAAAAUUGCAAAUUUUACAUGGACUAUUUUUUUCUCAAUAAAACUGUGCUUCGUAACGUGCUGUUAA